AUGGGAAGGCGCCCGAACCAGCUCAUCCUAGAAUUCUUCGAACGGGGCCCGAAACUCGAGGAUGCCAGCAAUCGCUAUCAACACACCUGCAAGUCUUGCGGUGAGAAGUUUCCGAAGGGACGUAUAGAUAGUCUUACGAACCACCUGGUGAAAAAAUGUCCAGCCUUACCUCUCCGCGACCGGCAGCGCGCUCUGCUGCAAUUCCACGAGCUUCCCGACCUCCCUGAUCCGAUGGCGCAGGCGGCGCCCACACAGCUACAAAACGGACAGACGAUGAACCUCCCGUUCGCGCCUUCAAAGCAAGGAAUGUCAGCCCUAGAGACCCUCGCCGAGGUAUCAAGACAGCAUUUGGAUCUAUCAGGGAAGCACAUACCGGGCAAGCAGCGCAAGUCACCCCCGCCGCCGCCGCAUCAACAGCAACAGCAGCAGAUGAGCACCGGAGGGAGUCAGGGCCCGUCGUUCGAAGAGUUUCUGAUACAGGACGAUAGGCCGGAAGGUGACUCGAUCACUCUAUCGCAAAGCAUGGAUAUGUCUGGGGCACCGGCUCUUCCGUCUAUAUACCAGUUCAACGGGCCACUGCAGCAUUCGCCAACAGGUUCGCCCCACAUGAGCAGUCUCCCGCUGGCAACUUCUGCGGGAUCAAUGGCGCAUAUGGUUCCCUCGCUGGUGAUGGCAGCCUCGGCUGCCAAUGAGUUAAUGCCUUUGACCAACAGCAUGACAAUGGAGCCAGAGCUCAAUAUGUCAAAUCCUGGCAUAGCCGAUAAGUUUUUCCACAGCCAAGCGCGCUCACAAUGGGCAAACCUCGACCCCCUACUGCCUGAUCAUGGAAAGGACCAGGUCCCGCCACCGGCCGACAAUGACGCGAAGGCCUCCACGCAGCCGCGUCCAAUUGCCAUGAACCCGAACACCACCCAGACUCACUUCACGACCGACUUCAGCGUGAACCAGAAACCGGCGAAACCGAAGGUACGCGGGCGCUUCACAGACUCCAGGCGGAAAGAAGUACAGGAAGUCCGAAAACGAGGAGCAUGCAUUCGGUGUAGGAUGUUAAAGAAGCCUUGCUCUGGCGAUAAUCCGUGCAACACAUGCCAGAACGUCGAGAGCGCAAGACUGUGGAAGCAGCCCUGCAUUCGAACACGUAUAGCUGAGGAAUUUAACCUAUACUCUGCAGGCCUGCGGGGGGUUUUGGCCUUCCACGCCGUCAGCCAGGCCAAGGGCCAAAUACGUCUCGACCAGACCCCCGGUCGGAUAGAAGCGACCCAUUACCCAGACUCGGCCACUUUUGCGACCUUCACGCCACUCAAAUGCCAGAGCCAAAUAGUGCACAGCACAGAAAUCGACCCUGUAAUACUUGGCGCUCGCUCUCCUUCGCAGUUGGAGAUAAUCGACGGAGAAGACGACAUUAGUGGGAAGCUCGAUCUAUACAUCAAGAAGAUGGCGCCUUCGUUCUUUGAAUCUGAAGACUCAGCGUUCAUGAAGGCGACAACAAACACGGCCUUUAACAUUACCUCUUCGAACCCGGAUGGCCUGCUUACCAAAGUGCUAGAGCUCUGGAGUCUGACACGAAUCCUGACGAAACCAAAUUUAGACUGGAAUCUCUUCUCGAAUCCAUCCCUCGCUCCUACUAUGGCUCCGUCAACCAUGACUCCUUCCGACCUUGAGAAUCUCGCCCGCAUACCCAUAACCUCCAUCACCAACCAGGCAUCCUAUGAUCUGAUAAAGAUGCAACUCAUGGGCGCAACGGAGAAGCGAGCUGCAUGCUUAGCUCGGAUAGUCAUGAAUGACCUCGAGCGUCGGCUCUUGCAACGCCAGCAGGCAAACCCUUUCGAGACUUUCCUGGUCGCAGUAGUCCUCUUAGCCUGCGUAGAACGCAUGUGCUGGCUCUUCCGGACCUGGGAGGACCAGAGCUCCACGGUCACUCUUCCUGCUGCAGAGACUGCUCCGAGCCAAUCGCAGCCUACUACAGAUGGCGACAUCGCCCAAGCCCUGCAAUCGGCACCCGCGUCAGACGUCCCGCAACCGUCUCGCAACCCGAAAUGGCCCUUCGACAAGCACCCAGCGUAUUAUUCCCAGCAAGGCGAACGCUUCAGCGAUAUCCUCCUUAUGCUCCUCAAGAUGCGUGGUGUCCCACCAAAACCACAAGCGCGCAGCACGGACGGUGUAUUGGUGAUCUGGGGCGACAAUGCCGACGAAACGGUCCACGAGUGGUAUGAAGGCAUCGCUGUGACCAAUGACAUGUUGGCCGAGCGUAGUAAUGCGCGGUUCAUUGGCGAGGACCCAAAGGAGUGGGAGCUGAAAUUUGUGAGCAAGAUUAUCAGUGGAGCCUAGCACGGCAGAUUCUGGCCCCAGGUUGGGAGGGAAUCAAGCGAGCUGUGGAUAGCCCUGUGAAAUACUCCUUUUUGUUGGACAGUGAUCAGUGGGAUAUUUAAAAAGUUUUUGGUUGGCUUUGGCUGGUUAGACAGGGGCGCUUGUCGGGGCGGUCUUGAUAUUUCACGAGCGAAUGAUACCAAAAGGGCGGUCAAAUGGCGAGAUAUACCCGUAUUCAUGAAAGGCAU